UGGCUGUAUGCAACAAUUCAAGCUUUGGAAUAGUUAAUUUGUGGCUUGCUUUGUUAUACAAAAAGAAAAUUUAGUACGCAGCCUGAUCAUUUUGCUGAACUGGUCUCUCAUUACCUUCGUGUGGUACCAGCAGCAUGAGUUCUCUGACCGGACUUGCUCCACUUGAAGCUGUGCUCUUUGAUGUAGAUGGAACACUAUGUGACUCUGAUCCACUCCACUACGAAGCUUUGCGUGAAAUGCUACUAAAGAUUGGUUUUAAUGGAGGUGUUCCUAUAACGGAGGAAUUUUUUGUUGAAAAAUUUUCUGGCAAGUACAAAGUUGAUGCUGCCUCAGUUGCCUUUCCUGAUGAUCCGGAACGAGGUUUGAAGUUUAUAGAAGAUAAGGAAGCCAUGUUCCGAAGAUUGGCGAGACAGCAACUGAAGCCAGUGAAAGGCCUUGAUAGAGUGAGGACAUGGGUUGAAAACCGUGGUCUGAAGAGAGCUGCAGUUACCAAUUCUCCAAGAGAAAAUGCAGAACUCAUGAUCUCAAAACUUGGUCUCUCGGACUUCUUUGAUGUUCUUAUUAUUGGUGAUGAAUGUGAACGUGGUAAACCUCAUCCCGACCCCUACUUGAAAGCUCUUGAAGUUCUGAAGGCAUCGAAGGAUCAUGCAUUUGUAUUUGAGGAUUCUUUUUCAGGGAUUAUAGCUGGAGUGGCAGCUGGGAUGCCUGUUAUUGGCCUAGCUACACGAAACCCAGAGGAUUUACUUAUGAAAGCAAAGCCAGCUUUUCUGAUUAACGAUUAUGAGGAUCCAAAAUUGUGGGCAGCUUUAGAAGAAUUUGACAAGCCUGCCGCCUAAAAGUUGGAAUUUCUAGAUAAAAACAUUUAGCAACGAGUUUGAUGGGCCAAAUUCUAAUGAGCCUAUGUCAGAAAAUAUAAAAGGAAUUAUAAUUUAUGUGCGGGAAGGUAAUGCUAAGACUUCAUAUAACAUAAAUCUUAAACUGAUAAAAUGAUGAAAGAAGUGUCAAAAGUCAAUACAUGAUCACUCGGAUAAUCUAAGAAGUUCUUUUUUCAAUCUAAAUUUAUGUGGAAAUUAUUAAAGAA